AUGCAUCAGUCAUUCACGGGCAGUGCCCGCAAAGCCCGACAAGUCAAUCUCUCGGGUCGCAACACUACAAAUCCUUGGGCGGCGCUCUCAAAGACCGCACAAGGCUCCGACCCGUCGGGAAACAACCCAAUCGCUCAAGCCCAAGCAGAUCGAGUCAAGAGACAACAAGAAAGAGAUAGACUAAACGCUUCACGAAAAAUCCAGAAAAUUUGGCGUGGCCACUCGACCCGGCGGAAAGAGAAGGCCCGAUUAAGACAAACGUGGGAUGAAAAUGAGCGGUUGAGACUUGGGAGGGAUGCGGAGGUGGAUUACCGGGCCCUGGUUGACAAUGAGGCGACGAUACCGGGGUACGAGAACUCAACCCAGUUGCUGCUUCAGCUCAGACUUUUGCUGCAGUAUCAGGAGUACAGGCGGGCCAGAGUCAGAGAUGGAAUGGAUACAGUGAGACUACUCUACUUCGGCCAGGCACUGCAACCUACACUGGUCUCGUUACAAGGGUCUCUCGUCGACCAUGUCUGGAGGUUCAACCUCUCACGGCUGGGCCUGGUUGUUUCCCGCCACUUGAAGAGCAUCCUGAUUGAUGAAUCGACUUCGAUGACGACUCAUGGGCCGAGGUUACUAAAGAUCAUUUCUACAAUCGCUAUCUAUGUCUCGGACGACAUGGUGAGAGACUCGACUGUCUAUUUUGAAACGAUCCAAUUGGCCUUGACAUCACAAAAGGGAGAGGAGUGGCAGAAGGGCUCUCUUGAAACGAUAUGGGCUCUCUUGAGGUAUCCGACACGAAAACAGCCAGCAUACGAAGCUUUUGUCACCAGACUUAUGUCUCAACCAUCAUAUGCCGACGACAGUGCGGUUUUGGCGAGACUUGCAACCCCGUUGGAUAUGCCUCAAUUGUCAACCGCAAUUACGAAAAUGCUGGAGGAUGAGGAUGUCACGAAGACCGACGCCUCGACCAUGACCGAGAGAUUAUGGCAAUUGGCAUAUCUCGUGUACUUCCACGACGCGGUUAAGCGGGGCUCUGCUGAUCGUGCUUACAUCGAGGCACUCUCAGCACUCCUGGGAGAAUGUGCCAACGAGAUCGCCGAACGGUAUGAGCAGACCGACCACCUAAUGUCUGGUGACAACAGCAAGAACACGCCAGCGCCUCUACCUCCGUUCGUACGUGAGAUGAUAUCUAGAAUACCACGACAGGAUAAUCUGCAAGCAGUCCUCGAUGAGAUGGGUUCAUCAGAAUCGUCCAAUGAAGACGCUGGAGAAACUGAUUUCCAGUCGGCGAAGCGCCUGGCAAACUUCGCUGUUGCUUUGCUGAGGGCGUUUCCAGCGCAGGCUCAGAAUAUCCGAAUGGCCCUCUACCGAGGCUCCGUUAAGACGGUCGGUAAUGCAGAUGUUUCCACAAUACAGUACUUCUGGAAUACAGCACGAGGAACAGGCGUAUUCAAGAAGAUUACACGAGACCACAGGAAUGUGCUGUCUCUGCUACGAGAAGCUGCUCCUCCAACCAACCAGAUUGGUCAGGCCCCAGUCUCCAAAGCCGAGAUAGCUCAGUGGCGAGACGAAUGGCGGAUAACCUUGCUGUUCUUGGAGCUUUACACUUUCGUGCUCAAGUUCAUGGAUGACGAAGAUUUCUUCUCCUACGAUAUAUCGCAUUCGUUCGGUGCAACCACAACUUCUCCCAUAAGUGUGUUGUCGCGUAAGGGCUCGCUGCCUCUGAAUGACGUCGCUCAAAUGACAAUCUUCCUGAAGAAUCUGGUGUUCGUGCUGUACUGGAACGCUGCCGAUUUGGUCGAGAGCAACGAGCAUGAGGAGGACGUUGGCAUCUCUGCGCUCUUCGGCGGCUCUUCACACUCGAGCAACAGGCAAGCAGAAAAGAAACAACAGACGCUGACCGGCAAUGGCGUGUCGCAAGGCUAUUUGAAGGGCUUAGUGACGGGCCUCCUACGUAUGCUGCACGAGAGAGAUUCCCGUCGUUCCUUCGUCCCUCCCGGACAUUGGCUGAUGACCAACCAAGUAAGCAUGGCGGGUUUCAUUCCAGCCGUUGUUGCCGAAGAGGAGCGAAGGCAUGAGCUCGGUGAAGACGAUGAUACAGACGAUCAGCAGGAUGACUUCGACAAGGACGCCGAGUUGGACGAGUCGGCAGGCUCAAUGCCGGGUGAGAUGCUGCUGAACACCAUGUUCGGUAUCCGACCUUCGCACAUACCACGAAGUCGAGCUUCGAGAAUGGCCGACCGCAUUGAGAAGCAGCGGAUACAAGCCAGGAAGAAGAGACAACUGGAGUCACUUGCGCCGCGUCUGGAGAUCCUUCGCAAUUUGCCCUUCUUCAUCCCUUUCGAGACAAGAGUCCAGAUCUUCCGAGAAUUCGUCUACCGUGAUCAACUUCGACGGCGAGAUGGUGCAAUCGAUCCUGAUACGUGGCGAAUGUCCGUUGUAACGAGCACGCAAGGCCGUGGAACUGAUGGCAGGCCCAGGGGCGUUGACAUCAUUUCCCGCCAUCAUGCGGAGAUUCGUCGUGAGCACGUCUUCGAAGACGCCUAUGAAGCUUUUUACGGGCUCGGUGAGGGGCUCAAAGAGCCGAUCCAGAUCACGUUUAUCGACAAGUUUGGUGCCCCGGAGGCUGGCAUUGAUGGAGGGGGUGUCACGAAAGAGUUCCUCAUGAGCGUCACCAGCGAGGCGUUUGAUCCCGAUGCCAGCCUGCCAAUGUUCAAGGAAAAUGCCCAGCGGUACCUCUACCCUAAUCCUCUGAUCUAUCAAGAGACUGCAGCGUAUCUGAAGCGAGCUGGGAGGAAGCCGGGCACCGAAGGCUUUGAUUUCCAGAUGGCUGAGUUCCUGCGCCGGUUCCAAUUCCUGGGCAGAGUCGUUGGAAAGUGUCUGUACGAGGGUAUUCUGAUUGACGUGAGCUUCGCUGGGUUCUUCCUGCUCAAGUGGGCUCUAACUGGCGGCACUACCGUCGGUUCCAACGAGUCUGCUUAUCGUGCAACCAUUAAUGACCUCCGAGAAUAUGACGAGGAACUGUACCAAGGGCUGCUGAAGCUGAAGAACUACCCUGGCGAUGUCGAGAACGACUUUGGACUUGACUUCACAGUCACCGACACGAUCACCAUUGAAGACGAGCGAGGUAACGACGUACACCAGACCAACACGACGGAAUUGAUCGCAAAUGGCGCCAAUACACCGGUCACAAACACAAAUCGACUGGUCUAUAUCGACCGAAUCGUCAGAUACCGAUUGCAGCAGCAACCCAGAGCAGUCACAGACGCAUUUCUCAGAGGCCUUGGACAGAUCAUUCAACCCAUGUGGCUUGCCAUGUUCAAUCAGAAAGAACUCCAGAAGCUUGUUGGUGGGGACAACAGCGAGCUCGACAUCGCAGACCUUCGCCGGAACACACAGUAUGGCGGGCUCUAUGUCAUCGGCGACGACGGCCAAGAGCAUCCUACCGUCCAACUGUUCUGGAAAGCUCUGCAGGACAUGUCCGACAGCGACAGACGGAAAGUCCUUAAAUUUGUCACCAGCACGCCCCGCGCACCGUUGUUGGGCUUCAGCCACCUAAAUCCGAGAUUCAGUAUACGCGACUCUAGUGAGGAUCAGGAGCGGUUGCCGAGCACGAGUACCUGUGUCAAUCUGCUGAAGUUGCCUCGGUACGCGGAUAUCAAGACGAUGAAGGAGAAGCUUCUGUAUGCAGUGAAUUCAGGCGCGGGAUUUGACUUGUCCUAA